AGAGCGAGAGAGGAGCGCUCGCUAAUUUUGUUUCGUUGCUGAGCUUUCUCCAUUGAUUGUUUAUUAACGAGGCACAAUGACAACGUAUACCGAUAAAGGACCCAAGCCGAUCGGUGGAAAAUUUUUAAGCUUCGAUCACGUGAAAUUCUGGGUUGGAAAUGCAAAGCAGGCGGCUAGUUUUUACUGCGCAAGGAUGGGGUUCGAGCCCUUGGGCUACCGUGGUUUGGAGACUGGCUCAAGACGUGUUGCAUCACACGCUGUUAAACAAAACAAGAUUAUAUUCGUAUUUGAAUCAGCGUACGAACCUGACGACCAAGAGAUUGCGAGUCACCUUUCGCGCCACGGCGACGGAGUUCGUGACAUCGCCUUCAAUGUCGAAGACAUCGACACUAUCUUCAAGGUUGCCAAAAGCAAAGGAGCCAAGGUCGUGCGGGAUUUGUGGGAAGAAAAAGAUGAAUAUGGUGUUGUACGCUUUGCAACUAUACAAACCUAUGGAGAUACCCAUCACACCUUCGUUGACAGAACCCAAUACAAAGGCUUCUUGCCGGGAUAUCGCAAAGAAGGCCAAGACGCUAUUGCAAAACUUUUACCAACCAUUAACUUAAAUUUCAUCGAUCAUAUCGUCGGAAACCAACUUGACCAACAAAUGGAACCAGUAGCUAAAUGGUAUGAAAAUUGUUUGCAAUUCCAUCGGUUUUGGUCUGUUGACGACACUCAGCUGCACACAGAAUUCUCAGCUUUGCGCUCGAUUGUCGUAACGAAUUGGGAGGAAACGGUAAAGAUGCCGAUAAAUGAACCGGCUCCUGGUAAGAAACGUUCGCAAAUUCAGGAAUAUGUUGAGUACUACGGCGGUGCUGGAGUUCAACACAUAGCUCUCAACACAAACGAUAUUAUAACAGCCAUAUCUAAUUUACGCGCAAGAGGAAUGGAUUUCCUCGAUGUACCAGACAGUUAUUACGACAUGUUGAGGACAAAAUUACAAAACAGCAAAGUCAACGUUAUUGAAGAUAUUGACGUGUUACAAAAGCUCAAGAUUUUGAUAGACUAUGAUGAGAAUGGAUAUUUACUUCAAAUAUUCACAAAGAAUAUGCAAGACAGGCCGACGCUUUUCAUUGAAGUUAUUCAAAGACGCAAUCACAAUGGUUUCGGUGCCGGUAACUUCCAAGCACUUUUCGAAGCGAUUGAAAUGGAGCAAGCAAAGAGAGGCAAUUUAUAAUUAAUAUUUUUUAAACUUUAAUAUUCGUUUUCAAAAUAAAUAAUUAGAAUUAUGUAUAAUUGUUC